AUGGUGGAUAUUAUUUUUCAUUAUCCUUUUCUGGGUGCUAUGGGGGAUCAUUCCAAGAAAAAGCCCGGGACGGCCAUGUGCGUGGGCUGUGGGAGUCAGAUCCACGACCAGUUCAUCCUGCGGGUGUCGCCCGACCUCGAGUGGCACGCUGCCUGCCUCAAGUGCGCCGAGUGCAGCCAGUACCUGGACGAGACGUGCACGUGCUUCGUGAGAGACGGGAAGACCUACUGCAAGCGGGACUACGUCAGGUUGUUCGGCAUCAAGUGCGCCAAGUGCCAGGUGGGCUUCAGCAGCAGCGACCUGGUGAUGCGGGCGCGGGACAGCGUGUACCACAUCGAGUGCUUCCGAUGCUCCGUGUGCAGCCGCCAGCUGCUGCCUGGGGACGAGUUCUCGCUGCGGGAGCACGAGCUGCUCUGCCGCGCCGACCACGGCCUCCUGCUCGAGCGCGCCGCAGCCGGCAGCCCGCGCAGCCCUGGCCCGCUCCCUGGAGCCCGCGGCCUGCAUCUGCCAGACCCCGGGGCGGCCCGGCAGCCCUCGCUGCGGCCGCACGUGCACAAGCAGGCGGAGAAGACGACCCGCGUGCGGACCGUGCUGAACGAGAAGCAGCUGCACACGCUGCGGACCUGCUACGCCGCCAACCCGAGGCCGGACGCGCUCAUGAAGGAACAGCUGGUGGAGAUGACCGGCCUGAGCCCGCGGGUCAUCCGCGUCUGGUUCCAGAACAAGCGCUGCAAGGACAAGAAGAAAUCCAUUCUCAUGAAGCAGCUGCAGCAGCAGCAGCACAACGACAAGACGAGCCUGCAGGGACUGACCGGGACGCCCCUGGUGGCAGGAAGCCCCAUCCGCCACGAGAGCGCCGUGCAGGGCAGCGCAGUCGAGGUACAGACGUACCAGCCACCGUGGAAAGCGCUUAGCGAGUUCGCCCUCCAGAGUGACCUGGACCAACCCGCCUUCCAGCAGCUGGUCUCCUUCUCCGAGUCUGGCUCCCUAGGCAACUCCUCUGGCAGCGACGUGACCUCCCUGUCCUCGCAGCUCCCGGACACCCCCAACAGUAUGGUGCCGAGUCCCGUGGAGACGUGAGGGGACCCUUCCCUGCCAGCCCGCGGACCUCGCAUGCUCCCUGCAUGAGACUCAUCCACGCUCAGGCCAUUCCAGCUCCGGGAACUCUCUCGCCUAUGUAAUUGUUAUUAUUGUUAUUUAAAGAGAGAGGACCCAGGGAAACGGUCAGGAC